AGAGAACUCUGUUGUUCUUCUAUCUUUUAUACGCGCUGAAACGUAAACAAAUACGCACAGCUAGUGCUCGUAAAUUAGGCACAGCGCAUUAUCCAACACAUUGUAAUUUAUUCGUCAAGUAAAUCACCGACUCUGAACACUAAAGGCACUCUCAAACCGUACCGAUUAUCAGACUCUGAUCGACAAUGAGCCUCAUUCGUACCGCUCUUCGCCUCUCUCGUCCAUCAAUCUCGUCCACAAGGUUUCUACACUCGUCUCGUCGUGUGUUUGCUUCAGAAAUCCCCCCUAAUCCUUUCGAAGACCCCAUUUUCAAGGCAUUUGCCGACCGAGUCAAACAGCAUCAAGGGGCAGUGGAUGCUAUGAAGGGACUGAUGAAUGUUAUGCAACAAAAAGGCUUUGACAAGAAUAAGAAACCUACGAUGAUGCAGAUGAUCGAAAUGGCCUCUGACAAGGACUUGAAGGCUGCUGCCUCAGUGUUGAUGUCUGAACUCCAAAAGGCGGGCGUUGAUCAAACGGAAGCAAUGGAGAUCUUCAAGAAAGCUAGCUCAAGAUAGAUAGUUACAUGUUGCAAAAUAGUUGUACUCAUAUGCAUCAACAACAUCAACCAUAUCUCAGUAGGUACUAUGAACAUUCCCUAUCUCAUAGAACUUCCCAAAGACCAAUAUUUGCCUUUGAAGUGUCAUUGCGCAUCAUGGUCAAAAGACGAAGACUCUCGUAAACAGCUUCGCCUUGAAGGUAUAUCGUGAGAUGACGAUUGGCGACUCCUGGGACAUAAGGUGCAACAUACCGGCUAGAGAUGAUUCUGCUAGCAACUGUACAAAAGGCAACGGAUGUCACUGGAGUGAGAUGAGAUAUGUUUGCUUUCGUCAAGAUGAUGUUCCUAUGCGUUUGCAUGUAAGGUAGUCUAUGAUGAUAACCUUUCCUAUCAAUGAUGUA